AUGCCGACACCAGCCUACGAACCGAACGCCGUGCCGCCCGACCAAAGUACCGACGAUGCGUCAGAGAGUGCCGAAGUUGAUCGACAGUAUCUUGAGGAAAUCCGCAACAUACACAGAUUUGACGACCGUGAAGAUGUUCCUAACGCUCGUGAGGGCAUCUUUAGGACUUCGAAACGACCCGAAGCUCCUAUCGAGCAUGAGGUUGUCCAGCAAUUGCUCACAUCCGGCGAAGCAGACACACUACUGAAAGAGGUUGCGGCAGGUUUACAGAAGCCGAAUCUGCUCAAGCAUACUUCAACCAUGACCGAGUGGGCGCAAAGCUUGAAGCAAGAUCGCGAGUACGAAACCGAUGAGACCAUUGGCCUUUUGAUAUCUCUGCGGCAGAUUGAUGACCAAGUACAAGAUGAGUUGUUCACAGCUAACACUUCGCAACUGCCAAUGUCUGAUGGGCGAGCGUUGAUGCACGUUCGAUUCAUAGAUGUACAACUCGAUACAUGGAAACGGGAGUGCAACGGUGUUCCCUCUCAACGACUACUCGAACUCUCCUUCUCAUACGCCAAGAUGCAACUGCACAGCGUAGCCCUUCGGCCGUCUCCUUCGGAGUUACCGGCAUCGGUACGUUCGUCACAGAUCAACAGCCUACUCUCCGCUCUUGAAGCCAGCAAGCGCUUUCUCGAUACUUUGCUUUCAUUUCCAGCCCACGAAUAUCACCUCAUAUCGUUCUCGGAAUGGAUGCGAUUACCACCAGUCAUCAUGACGGUCGCCAAGCUAUGCAUACCCAGUGAAGACCAUGCCGCCAUCGGGUGGGAUACUCAAGCUGCUCAAGAAAGAGUGCGCCUAGAUCUCUGUCUUGAAUCACUUUGCUAUCGGAUGCAUACUCUAUCGACGUUCGAUAAAACAAAGCGACCCCACCCCGACUUCUGGCACGCUAUGCGAAUGAUUAAUGAACUGACAAAGAAUUGGUACAUUCGCAAAAUCCGACCGGAGCGGUCUAGCCAGACGCCAUCAGGAUCUACGUCCAGCGACUCGGUUGAGCGGAGUGUGAACGGAAGCUCAUGUCCCAUCACCAGCGCACCAACAACGUGUCCGACACGACACGCGGUAGAUCAAUACAAUACGCUAGCAGGCACCAACUAUAUGGAAGACUUCGGCAUAGACAUGAACCACGUCCCCGUGACCGAGGUUAGCAAUGACCCCUUCACGCUCAUGAGGGGUGCCGACUUCGACAUGAGCCAGUUCUUCGAUAUGGCGGGAGGUAUUUGGGGGGAGGACAGCUACAACAACUAUACUGGCAUGUCUUUUGGAAAUGGAGCACCGUUCUGA